AUGAAGCGAACGAAAGAAAAUUGGCUCCACGGGCACCCAGACGACCGUAAUGGGAUCUCAGGAUGCCGCAUCUUUGAUGGUGAAGAUUUGCAUUACCAGGAGCGUAAAAAAGCCCAGCAGGAGACCCAAAGGAAAUGGAUCGAAGAGCAAAAAAGACAGAAUGAAGAAAAAAAGCGCCAGGAGGAAGAGGAAGAAAUGCAAUAUGCCUUUCAAACUCAGCAAGCCAACAGAAUGAGAGGACUCCUUGAAGACGAACUUGAAAGCAAGAAAAGAAUGAUGCAGGCAUCAACAAGGGAUGCAAACCUUCAAUUAAGCCGAGAAAAGAAAGAAAAGGAAAGAUAUGAAAAGAAUUCGAAGUUGAGAGAAGAAGACCAAGACUUAUUGGAGCAAAAAACGAUUAGACAGGUGCCACCUUAUGUGAACCCACUUGACUAA